UGAUGUGCUUUCGGCGUUCGGCAGUUGCAGGAAUAUUAGUAGCCAAUGGAUGUUUUUCCACUGGGCGGCGCUCUUUAGAUCAAUGUCAUUGCCGUUGAUCUCGAAAAGCAUACAGGAUCCGUUCUAACGCACCAAAAACGGUCAGUCCUAUGCCAAUGCUGUAACGGAAAUGGAUAUAAAGGUAAACAGUUUUCUAUAUCGAAUGUUACAUAUAUUUUCGUUUCAGUGAAUAUGAACGUUAAUUUUCCUUUAAGGUUGUGAAACUCUCUAAACAAUGAAAUCCGUGUUGUGCUAAACCUCGCGAGUAAAAUAGGCUAGACCACAGCAUAAAACCCGAAGAAAUAAAUUUGUGGUGUCAUAAUACAGGUAUGCAGAUGUUUUCUUCGUGACUUUCAUUUUGAGAUCUUUGAAUGGCACGAUGCUACUCGUUGUAUUGCAGUAUGCUACUAUUCUGAGAACGAUCCAGAUGUUUAUAAGAAAAUCUGUCAAAAUAUACAAAUCGACAUUGCAGUGAUCCUUAAGAAGAAAAAGGGAGUCGUAGCUUACUAUAUAUUGUUUUCUAACGCCAAGCUUAGCGUUAUAAACGAAUAUAUUUAACUAAUAUGGUAUUUUCGGAAAUAUGUAGCCUUCGGCAUUUACAGGCCUGAACGCAUACCUUAAUUUUAAAUAGACAGACAUAACGUCAACGAAUGACAUGAAUGACUAACUUUUGGCAUGACAAUGCUGCUAUCAGAGGGAACGUGCUUGUGUGUGUGUGUGUGUGUGUGUGUGUGAGAGAGAGUGUGUGUGUGUGCAUGCGUGUGUGUGAGACAGGGAGAGAGACGGAGAGAGAGAGAGAAGAGCGUGGAAGGGAUAAUAAGGUGAAUAACCAUACCCGUGGGCUUUGUCUCCUGUAAAAAUAAAAGCCUCCGCUGGAUGUAGUAAAAUGGCACGUUAUUGGACAUAACGACAAGAACAUACGAUUGCCGCUAUGCUCAAAUAACACAGAAUUGAGAAAACCAUAGGAAUAAGCAUACACACACAUUAUUAUUAUUAUUAUUAUUAUUAUUAUUAUUAUUAUAUAGCCUCGCCAAAGAUUAAUGAAAAUUUAUAAGCCGGAACUGACGAAGAUCAUUGUUGUCUGCAAAAAUACGUAAAGUGCGCCGCUUCAUACGCUUUGUUUAUGAUGUCUUAGUUAAGUAGGCCUACUUACUAUUAACAAGGCUUGUGCUUGCAAUGCCAAGUAAAUAAACGAUUCGCGUAUUUUUACUCUGAGACAGCAGCAAUAAAAUCGAGAUAUCAUUUUCUCGUUAUAUAGUAGUGCUUAGUCUUUUAAUACAGUUAAGCUCUUUUAUCACACACUACUGUACGACCUACUGCUUUAUACAAUCUUGCAGAAAAGCGUACGAUUGAUAGUAGGCCUACAUUUUAGAAUGAAUCAAGACCAAACAUGGCCCCACUGAUGCACAGAAAUGAUCGCUGGCAAAGCUGUGGCUUUUCCUCUCAAAAGUGAUACAAUCUAACGUAAAUAGAUAUUUGUACUUCCCAAAAAUAACAAUGAUUACAGCGAAGAAGCAUGUACUUUAAGCAAACUGUGUUCCUUUCUUCGAUAUGUGAUGGAUCUGCAUUUUAACGUCAGGCUACGUGACACCUGAUCGUGAGGUUCGUUGAAUGUCUGAUAUAUUUAAAUGAUUUUGUAGUAGUUGUUAUUAUGAAUUAUUUAGUUUUGACUGCUUCCAUUAGGACCAAAGCCAAAGAAUAGAAAUUUUCUAUUUUUCCUCUUCUAUAAAGUGCAGGGGCUGAUGUUGUACCCGAUUAGGUAGGAUAUUGAAAGGACUGUUGUUCACAGUCCGAGGUUUUCUUUUCCCGUUUUUGAGGGAAUAGAAAAUCAGCCAGUUAUAUAUUUGCCAUUCAAAUGAAGGACAUGCACUUUUGUCAUGACAUUUUAAAACAGGUUUUCAAAAAAUAAAUAAAUAAAAAUAAUUCAUAAUUUUCUGUACGAUUGUGGCUAUAGAGGUUUGCAUGUAACUCAGUGUUAAAACUGUUUUUGGUGGAAGUUUCUGGUUCGUACUGUGCCGCAAUAUAAUUCUUACGGAGAUAAACUGAGUAGUACAACCAAUUUGUACAAAGAACAUUCAUUGUAAAUCUAGAAUAUUCACAAAUAAAACGAGGAUAAGUGGUGAAUGACAUGUAUUUUUUUUUAAACCUAAACCUAUACUCACAUCUACAUUACACACGCAGUUUAUAUAUUCUACCACUUUGAUUAUAUUUUCCGUUUUAUCUGUAGCAACCAUAAAGUUGCAUAUAGAGGUGAGAUCUCCUUGAUUCACUAUGUUAUUGAUGAGUCUGUUAUAAAAGGGUCUGCUAAAAAUAAAUAAAUGUAAUGAUGAAGUCACAUGUUUAGUUUUACAGUAAUCUUGCUCUUGAAAUCAUUUCACUGCUGUUAUUUACGUUAUAAACAGAGAAAUCCAGCUGUUGUUGAUAAUUAUACAUCAUAUAUACGCAUAUAAUUAUUUCUCUGUAGACAAUUGCAAUUAAGGACACAUCCGUCUGCCCCAUUUGCGUAUGCCUAGUUUUUACUGUAGCUACCUGUUUACUUCUCCCCUUAUUACAAAUAAUAUAACCACAAAUACCAAAUACAAUAACUGGCUCAUAUAUAUAUAUAUAUAUACACACACACACACACAGACGUACUCCCUACCGUGGAGUACUACCCGUAGCUUUUUACAGAGAUGAUACACAGCGUGGAACAGAUUACAUGAGGGGGAAAAAACUCGCACAAAUAAGCCCAUAAUGAUCGUUUCAAGAUAUGGUUAAACAUGAGGUCAAUGGGUUUAGUUCAGUAACUAUACUGGACAUAUGUUAAAACACACAGACACACACACGCUCGCUCGCACACACGUGUACACACACACACACACAGGGAGAACAAUGUUUUUCCACAAACCUACUUGCACAAAAAGAAUGUACGCGUAUGAAAUUUUACCUAUAUUUUAAAAAGAUCAUAAUGGGAUAUAUCAGGCAAUUGGUUUCCUUCUCCUUUUAUUGAGGGCUGAGAUGGAUAUGACCCCUUGUCAUUACGUGCCUUUGGGUGGGUGGAGCCUCCUUUCUUCGCUCAUUUUAAUUGGCUGUCAGCUGGCACAGUGUAGUGAGGGUAUUGCUAAUCAUAUUCCGCGUUUUGCACUAGAAAUGUCAGCCAGAAAGGGCUAUCUUCUCCCUUCGUCAAAUUAUACUACAACAAUGUCAUGCUCCGACAGCCCAGUGGGGAACUCAUUUUUAGUAGACUCCUUGAUAAGCGCCCGGACCGAAAACGGCGGACCCUACUACCAAGGAAGCAACAUCUAUGUGCCUCCAGCCUCGGAUUUACACUAUGGACUACCUAACUGUGGAUUUUUCCCUGGAUUGAACAAACGGAACGAGAGUAAUUCUCAAAAUAUGGUCCCUGCCUCCAGUUCGUAUAUUCCUGGGAUGGAAGUAUGGCUGGACGCAUCAAGGUCCUGUCGAAUAGAUCAGCCUCCCGGCGGACAGCAAAUCGCCCAGUGCUCAUUUUCUCCUAACAUUAAGGAAGAGAACGGGUAUUGCCUUUAUGAAUCGAAUAAGUGUCCAAAAGCGUCACCGGCAGAAGAGCUUUCGUACUCCAGAUUAACGACGGGUAACUGUCCGGUCAGUCACAGCGGCACAGUACCUGUACCUGGCUACUUCCGGCUGUCCCAGACGUAUGCAGCUUCUAAGGCUUAUCACGGCGGCCAGUCCAAUUCUUCCCACUUUGUCCUGCAACCAGCAGUUCGGUUCGACACCCCAGUUUGCAUAUCUAACUCGGCAGAGUCCGGCAAAAGAGGAAGCGAAGAGAUGGCUUCCAGCAGCAUACCAUGCGCUCCGCAGAGAGAGGAGGAAACACAGGAGUCUUCAGUCGAAGAGGCGUCUUCACCCGAACCACCAGUCAACGACAAAGAGGGUCCCAACAAAGUAACAAAAGGAGAGACAAAAAGCGAAAAUACAGCCAACUGGCUAACCGCGAAGAGUGGCCGGAAGAAACGGUGCCCCUAUACAAAACAUCAGACUCUGGAGCUCGAAAAGGAGUUCCUGUUCAAUAUGUACCUGACUCGCGAGCGUCGCCUGGAGAUAAGCCGCAGUGUCCACCUGACUGACAGACAAGUGAAAAUUUGGUUCCAGAAUCGUCGGAUGAAACUGAAGAAAAUGAGCAGAGAAAACAGGAUUCGGGAGCUUACAGCAAAUUUUAGCUUUUCGUGAUCAACACUGCAUUUAAGAGAUGGGUGACGCCUUCCACCUUCCAACAAGUGAAGAACGGGUACAUCCGGUUUUAGAGAGCCCCUCUCUGUUUUCAAAUAUGACUGUGCAAGGCACUAUUGUUAAUUUAAUAUUUUGUUUUGCUACACGGUCAUUUUUUAAGUUUACAUGUCUAUAUCAGUUGAACAUUUUUUCGUGACAAUGUGUAGACUAUUUAUAGAAUGUAAAACAAGAGAAUUUACCCUUGUCCAUAAGGUAGAAUAUAAUGGCGAUAUAUAGAACAGGGAAAUUGAUGUUAUAACCAGUAAAAUAAUGACUUAGAUUUAAACCAUAUCACAAUUUACUCUGAGCAUAGAGUAGGCUACAAAUACCAGUUCAAUAAGCGUUAAUGAUGAAACUAUAAAGUUUGUUUGGAAUCAUUCAGAUCAAAAAGAACACUGAGCAGAAGCUAAAGAUCCGCGCAAUUAUGGGAUUAUUUCUUUUGCCAACACGUAUUUAACUUCUUGGUGCAAAUGUAGCAGGUAUUCCAAUACAUCCGAUUAUGUCAGAUUUUUCUAUACAUUUUAAAUUAUUGCCAGGCGACAUGCGGUGAAUUCUGUCGGUAUUAAAGUCAAUUUAAGUAUUUAUGCUUAUAGGAUAUUUUGAAUUUGAUGGUACAGUUACAUGCAAAUAAAUAUAUUCAGUCAGUACUGUAAAAGGAAUUUUUGUUGUGGUGUGGUAUGUAAAUAAAACAUGCUGGUGUUUGAACGAAAA